CUUACGACGGAAGCAAACAAACCGAUCCCCGCCGAAGCAAAAGGAAGGGAAAGAAAAGGAGGAGACGUGGGUUCGAGGUGACGACGAUGACCGGAUCUUGUUGACCUCAGAGCAAAUCACAGCCCUCCAUCACAAGAUCAAGAGUAGAAGGAGUCGUCGUCGUCGUCUCCGAUGGCUUGUCCCUCGCAGCCGGGCUCCCAGUACGUGCAGCAAUACCUGAGCACCGCCCUGUCGCAGCGCGGCCCGGCGGCGCUCCCCUACGCGGAGGACGCCAAGUGGCUGAUCCGGCAGCACCUGGUGGCGCUCGCCGAGGCCUAUCCCUCUCUCCGCCCCCGGGCCGCCACCUUCACCCACGACGAUGGCCGCUCCGCCCACCUCCUCCAGGCCGAGGGCACCCUCCCCAUCGUCUACCGCGGCGCCGCCUACAAUCUCCCGUCUGCGGUGUGGCUCCUCGAGCCCUACCCCCGCCGCCCCCCCGCUGUCUUCCUCACCCCCACGCGCGACAUGCUCGUCAAACCCGGUCAUCCCCUCGUCGAACCCUCCGGCCUCGUCCGCGCCGCCGCCGUCCCCUACCUCGCCACCUGGGUCUUCCCGGCCUCCAACCUCGUCGAUCUCGUCCGCUCCCUCUCUCACCUCUUCGGCCUCGACCCCCCUCUCUACUCCCGUCCCGUCACCACCGUACACCCCAAUCCCCCUCCUCCUCCUCCUCCCAAUCCAAAUCCCGAUCCCGUCCCUUCCCUUUCUUCAUCAUCGCCGUUGCAAUCCCGGAUCUAUUCCUCCUUGCCGUCCCCCUACGGCCGGUUCCCGCCCUCACCGCAGAUCCAGCAGCCGGUGCGACCGACCGAGGAUUCCGCCGAGGCCUUCCGCCGCAACGCCGUCGCCAAGAUCCUGGAGAACGUGCACCGCGACGCGGCCGGCCUGCGCACGGCUCAGGAGGCGGAGAUGGAGGCCAUCCUCUCCGUCCAGGCCAAUCUGCGUGGCCGGGGAGAGGAACUCGUGCGCGGGGUCCGCGAGAUGGUCGAGGAGAUGGAAGGGCUCGAGCAGCAGCUGCAACUCGUGCUCAUGAACACCGACGUGCUCGAGGGCUGGACGAGGGAGACCGAAGGCAAAAAAAGAGGCCGGGAUGUCUUGGAUGCCGAUGAAGUGUUUGAGCUGGUGGAUGGGCUGUCGAGGCAGAUACUGGAGUGCACGGCUGCCGACUUGGCGGUGGAGGACACGGUCUACUCGCUGGACAAGGCGGUGCAGGAGGGGGCGAUCACGUUUGAAUCGUAUCUCAAGAGUGUGAGGGCGUUGUGCAGGGAACAGUUCUUCCACCGGGCGACCAUAGCCAAGGCUCGUGCUGCCCAGGUCACAAGACUGGCGGCAAGGGUGCCACUCUAUGCUUCCUAGAGAGUGGAGGUUAGUGGUUCAUAUCUUCUUGUGUACAUUUGCUUCUUCCUUGCUUCUGCAUACUAUUUCCUAGACUGGAUAUUUUACUGUCGUCCAGAGCUCUCGUCGCUGAAUAAUUCAUCAUCUCCACAGUUGCUCUUAUCGCUUUGUCCACCUGAAUAGUCCAUAUCCUCAUCUUGAACUCAACAGAUUUAUAAUUCCUUGGUGUAUGUUUGCUCCAAUGCUGGAACUUUUUAGAUAAAAAACAUCAUAUAAUUUUGUUUAGCAGGAGGUCUUGCAUAUUUGGGAAUGUUAAUUUGUUGAUAUGUAUUGUUCUUACUAGGAUCAAGUAAAUGUUGCUUUAUAUGAAAGUACUAUCUUGGUGUGAGUUUUA